ACACCUGAAGAACUUCAGAAUUCAAGGUGCUUGACAGAAGAAAAAGAAGUUAGAAAUCAGACCGAUUUCAACUUGAAACUGCUCUUGGGACAGAUCUAUUGAGCAGAGUUCUUUCCAAUCCGCUUCUCAAAGAAGACAUGGCCCCACAGGUCCAGUCUCAGCCCCAGCUCCCUCUGAAUGUGGUUCAGGGGGACCUGAACACUUUGAGCUCUGCAGUGAGAGACUUUGUUGAACAAAGUGCAAAGCUGUGUCAGCCGGACAGCAUUCACAUCUGUGAUGGCAGUGAGGAAGAAAACAGGCAGAUUUUGUCCCUGAUGGAAGAGCAAGGGAUGAUCAAACGCUUGCACAAGUAUCAAAACUGCUGGUUGGCUCGCACGGAUCCCAGGGAUGUUGCUCGUGUGGAGAGUAAAACUGUGAUUGUGACCCCUGAGCAGAGAGACACCAUUCCCAUAGCAAAGAGUGGAGUCAGCCAGCUUGGGCGCUGGCUGUCAGAGAAGGAGUUUGAAAAGGCAUUCAAUACUCGAUUCCCAGAAUGUAUGAAAGGCCGUACAAUGUACCUGAUUCCAUUCAGCAUGGGACCUGUGGGGUCACCUCUGUCCAAGAUCGGGAUCCAGUUGACAGAUUCACCUUAUGUCGUUGCCAGCAUGAGGAUCAUGACUCGCAUGGGAUCAACUGUACUGGAGACCCUGGGCAACGGCCAGUUUGUCAAAUGCCUUCAUUCAGUCGGAUGCCCUCUACCACUAAAGAGGCCACUGGUCAAUAACUGGGCCUGCAACCCUGAGCUGACACUGGUUGCCCACAUACCUCAGAGCAGAGAGAUUAUUUCAUUUGGGAGCGGUUAUGGAGGUAACUCACUGCUGGGGAAGAAGUGCUUCGCUCUGCGCAUUGCCUCCAGGAUUGCUGAAGAAGAGGGAUGGCUGGCUGAACACAUGCUGAUCCUGGGAGUAACCAAUCCCAAAGGCCAGAAGAAGUACAUUGCUGCUGCCUUCCCCAGUGCUUGUGGGAAAACAAACAUGGCCAUGAUGAACCCAACAUUACCUGGCUGGAAGGUUGAGUGCGUGGGAGAUGACAUCGCCUGGAUGAAAUUCGACAAACAAGGUAACCUGAGAGCAAUCAACCCAGAAAAUGGCUUCUUUGGUGUAGCUCCCGGGACAUCUGUAAAAACAAAUCCAAACGCAAUGGAAACUAUUAGCAAGAACACUAUUUUCACCAAUGUAGCAGAGACCAGCGAUGGGGGAGUUCACUGGGAAGGGAUCGAUGAAACUCUGUCCCCUGACAUCACAGUGACAUCAUGGAAAAACAAAAAGUGGAGUCCAGAAGAUGGAGAACCAUGUGCGCACCCCAACUCCAGGUUUUGUACUCCUGCCAGACAAUGUCCGAUCAUUGACCCAGACUGGGAGUCUCCUGAAGGGGUUCCCAUUGAAGGAAUUGUCUUCGGAGGACGGAGGCCAAAAGGAGUCCCUCUGGUUUAUGAAGCUUUCAACUGGCAGCAUGGCGUUUUCAUUGGAGCGGCCAUGAGAUCAGAGGCCACAGCUGCAGCAGAACACAAAGGUAAGGUCAUUAUGCACGACCCAUUCGCCAUGCGGCCUUUCUUUGGAUACAACUUCGGCAGGUACCUAUCGCACUGGCUCAGCAUGGAGCACAGGCCCAGCUCAAAACUUCCCAAGAUCUUCCACAUCAAUUGGUUCCGCAAAGAUAAUCAGAACAACUACCUGUGGCCAGGCUUCGGGGAGAACUGUCGGGUCCUGGAGUGGAUGUUCCGGAGAAUCGAGGGAGAGGACUGCGCCAAGCUGUCUCCUUUGGGCUUCAUUCCCACAAACAACGCCCUGAACCUCAAGGGCCUUGGCAAUGUGAACAUGGACGCACUCUUCAGCGUUGAGAGAGAAUUCUGGGAAGAGGAAAUAGAAGCGAUCCGAAAAUAUUUUGAAGAUCAGGUCAACAUUGACCUUCCCAGUGAUGUGGCCAAUCAACUGCUGCAGUUGGAACAAAGAAUUAAUCGGUUGUAACAUAGGACAAAAAGGCAAUAAGGAAUAAGCCAUGAUUAUUUCAAGUAAAUUGUCCUGAAUUGGCAUUCUGGAGCUCAUUGUUUUUUGAUAUCAUGAGUUAGAUUCAACUUUGCAUGCACUUAGGAAUGCUGGAGAUUCUCUAUAUUUACUAAUACUUUUACUUGAUAACAAUGGACUCAGGUGAAAAAGAAAAUACCCCCUUUAAAAGGAGGUUUCAUAUUUAGAAAUAUAGAGUUCUAUAGGAUGACUGUGUGCCUUUUAUGGUCUAGAAUUCCAUUUUUAAGAGUAUAUCACAAUGCUGCCUGUUGCUUGGCUGUGCAAAGGAAACAUAGCUUUAACCCACUCUUUGUUAGUGCGAAUUCAGUCCGAUGGAGACUUUUGGAGGUUUGAAUAUAUGAGCGGCUUUAGAUUUGGCACUAGCUCCACUACUUUUGCAGCUUACACUGCAAGAAAAGGUUAACAGGUACAACACGUCUUGUAACUGAUCAGCAACUCCUGAGUUGUACUUUCAUUUUUGGAUGAUUUUGAUAGCUUUAUAACCAGUAGCACAUCUGGGGCAACUUGGAUCAAAACUGAAAUCCUGGUUUAGAAGCAUAGUUUAUGCAGUGGAGAAGAUUCCUUUGUUCAAACAUUUCCACUAGUGCUCUGAUUCCCUGCAAAUAUAAUCUCACAAUGCACAUUUCUAUUCCUGUUUUGAGAUUUAGCAGGGCUGUACUGGAGAGUCCUUCAGAUCUCAGGAACAACCUGUCCUGAACAUAUAUUAAUCCCAUCAGCUCCCAGGAAAGAUAUGCAAUAAGUGAACACAUGCAGAACAUAGUUUUAAGUCAAGAAUUGUUAGCUUUAGCUUUUUUAAAUUAUGUGAUAAAGUUAUUAAUUUAUAGAUAAGAUGCAACCAGCACCACAGUGAUGUAAUGGCAUGACUGGUCAAUCGCCAGUGGCUCUGCAAGGCGUAUAAAUACUGUCCAGCAUCAGACAAGAUAUGCAUUGGAUUUGACAAUGAAAAAAAUUCAAAUCACUUAUUGAAGCAGAAUUAUCUUAAUCUGUUCAAAUUUUAAAUUAUUAUUCUGAAACAAACUUUGAGUAUAUGUAUGUUAUCAUUCAAAAUGUUUCAGCUGGGAAGUUUGUUGUUUAUACACACUGUUUCUUUUAAAUAAAUACUUAUCCUGUUGUUUUCAA